CUUGCCAGGAGGGGAGACAGUGGGGCUGCAGGCAGAACGAUGCUCGGUCCUACGAUGCUGGGCGCGGUGGUAGCCGCGCUGGUGGCUUCAAUGCUUCUGUUGCAGCGUGGGGACGAGGGGUCCGGGGCUGCCCCCAGCAUGGUGGACAAAGAAACACUGCCGAAGCUUCGGGAAGACUUCAAGAUGCAGAAUAAAUCUGUCUUUAUUUUGGGCGCCAGCGGGGAAACCGGCAAAGUACUUUUAAAAGAAAUCCUGAGACAGAACUUGUUUUCCAAAGUAACGCUCAUUGGCCGGAGGAAGCUAACAUUCGAGGAGGAAGCUUAUAAAAAUGUGAAUCAAGAAGUGGUGGAUUUUGAAAAGCUGGAUGACUACGCUUCUGCCUUUCAAGGUCAUGACGUUGGCUUCUGUUGCCUGGGCACCACCAGAAGAAAAGCCGGAGCGGAAGGAUUCGUUCGUGUUGACCGAGAUUAUGUGCUGAAGUCUGCAGAGCUGGCGAAAGCAGGAGGGUGCAAACAUUUCAACUUGCUGUCCUCCAGGGGGGCCGAUAAGUCCAGCAGUUUCUUAUACUUACAAGUAAAGGGAGAAGUGGAAGCCAAGGUUGAAGAAUUAAAGUUUGAUCGAUUCUCAGUGUUUCGGCCAGGAGUCCUACUGUGUGACAGGCAAGAGUCUCGUCCAGGCGAAUGGCUGGCUAGAAAAUUCUUCGGCUCUCUGCCAGACUCUUGGGCCAGUGGGUACGCUGUGCCUGUGGUGACGGUGGUUAGAGCUAUGCUGAACAACCUGGUGAGUCCCAGCAGCGGACAGAUGGAACUUCUGGAAAAUAAGGCCAUCCUCCACCUGGGGAAAGACAGUGAUGUGCCCAAACUGUGACUGCGCAGGAGGACAUUCGUGAAAACCUCAGUGCCUGUCACCCAAUGAGUCAUUUUGAGCUCUUUAGAAAGUCUCUUCGUGGUCCUUUGUGGUGUCUUCUCAGCCGUGCAGCUCCAUCAGAAAAUGGCAGAGCAGAGCUCUGAGUCAGUUGUGAGCCCCAUUGUUCAUGUAAGCCAUCCAGGAAGCUUUCGAAGAACAGGUUUAUAUCACAAACCUAAACUUUGUAGGUUGCAAACAGGGAUCUCUGGAGGUCCCAGUGCCUCUGGUUGUAAAACCAGCUUUGAAGCACUCCUACAGAGACAGCUGAGCAGAGGGGCCCUCGUACUUCAGGCAGGCGAGUGAUGUUGAAGCUUGUUAGCAGUCUAGUCUCCUAGUGGCACGGUGCUGAUGGGCUGCAUGUAGCUGAGUGAACACUGUGCCUUCCUUGACUCUGUGUCAACACAAGCUGUAACACCAGCUUCUGUAAUUCACUGAGGAAUAAAAGUAAUGGGAAAACCCUGUGUUCUGUUUCAGUUGCUGGAAACUGGAGGUAUUAGUGGGAUGGUACAGUGAAGGCCCCUGGGGAUGGCGUCACAGCCUAACACUGCAGGUGUCUGUACAGUUUUAGGUUGUAUGUUCUUGGCCCUCCAAUAGUUCCCCAGUAUCCUAUAAAGCCAUACUGUUACCCUGAUAUCUUUAGUUUUUCAUUUAAACUUGUAUUAAACUUCUAUUCUUAUCCUC